UAUGCUACUUUGCAACAAUUGGUGCAGAGCAAUUAAACUAAUGCAAGUGUUUCCCUACCAAAAGCAAAAUCUUUGGAUUAUGCUACUCUCUUCUUUAAUUUGAUUUAUCACUCUGUAAAUUAAAUCUUUCAAUUCAAUAUUCAUAUCACACCCAGAUUUCAAACAAAUUCAUUAACCACCACUCCUCCAUUUUUCACUCAACAAUGGCUUCCAGUUCCAGGUCUGGGUCCCUAGCGGAUCACAAAGAAGAAGAAGAAGAAUCGAAAAAAUUGGAGAAAAAGCAGUUUCCGUCGCAAACAAGAUUCUAUGACCCAAAUAAAAAGGCAACCAUUUACUAUGACAGUUUGAAUGGUACUUCCAACUUCAGUGAUCAAACAGAGAGACAUGUGCAUCUAAACGGAACCUUUCUUCUAAAACCUGAAGAUGAAAAUCGCAUAAAUUUCACAUUUAAAUCUGAACGCUGGUCCAUUUAUGGUUUUAUGCCAAAGUACCUAUCGCAGGGACGUGUCAUAUCAAAUAUUUUGUUCGAGGCGAAGAUAAGGUUUGAGAUUGCAGGUUGGAAGUUUCUGCCUCGCACUAUAUACAUUGACUGUUGGCCUUUAGUGGUGUUCGAUAAUAACCAAAAUCCAAGGAAUCCAACUUUUAAACCCACUGUCCGCAAGGUUGAUUAUUAAUAUUAAGCAUGGAUACAAAAUGAUAUUGUAUCAUUUUAUAAAUGUUUCUUUAGUUUUCUCUGAUUUUAUUUUUGUUAAACUCUUUCUUUAGUUUUAUCUGAUUAUAAUAUGACUUCCAUUUGCAUAUGUGUAGUGUUCUGUGUUAAAUAGACUUUCUGGAAAAAUUUCACCGCAGAACUUUUUCUCAGUACGAUAGAGAGUCCAGAGCAGUUUUAUUCUUGUUAUUA